AUGGCUGCAGGGGGAGAAAGUCGCAGCGAUAACCAAGAACCAGGAUACCCAGGACAGCCCAAAGUAGGACUGGAAAACAGCUUUACUGAAAACACUGAGUAUCGGCACAGACCGACCCCAGGAGGCCCGUUAUCCCCGCGCGAAGCUGGGCCGCAGCAGCCGACUGGAACCGCAGCCCCCGGGCGAGCCGCCGGAGGAAGGAGGCGCCAGGGCUGCGGUGCAACUCGACGUCCAGCCGCGGUUCCAGCAGCUCCACGCGCGCUCGCUGCACGCCUCGCCAGCCGCCUGCGGGCACGCGACGUGUCGGAGGCCGCACCGCUUCUGCCCCGGCACGGCGGUGCCGCAUACGUGCGGGGCUCGCGCCCCCCUCCCCCGCAGCGCCGGGCCCGGCAACGGGCGCCGACGGGCGCCGGGUUUCCCCUGCCCCCGGCCGUGAAACCCCUCGGGGCAGCGCGCGCCUCACCUGGCGCCUCCGUUGCGGGCCGCGCGCCGCCGGCACAGUUUCCACAGCGACCGCCGCGGCGGGGAGUUCCGGGCGGCACCGCCCACGCGCAGCCGUGCUUCGAACCCGCCAAUCGCCGCGCGCCCCCGCGCGUCCCCGAGGCGGGGCGGACGGCGGCACCAGGCUCUACGCGCACGCGCGGAGGCCGCCCGCGGCGGAAAGUCGCAUCUUUCACAGCGGCCAAUGGGAGCCGCUGGCGGGCGCAGGUGCCGCCAGAUGGGCGGCGAGCCCGGCGGGUAUGCACGAGGCCGGGGAAAGGCGCGGGGCGGCGCCUCUCGGUUGUGAGGUUACGUCCUCCUGCCUCCGCUGCCGGCAGCACCGCACCCACACCAUCUCGGCCCAGCCGCCAGCCCGAAUCCACGGCACAGCUCCGAAACAGCCACAUCGGCCUAAGAAAGCAGAGGAACGAUGCCAUUCAUUCGGCCCACAGAGGUGAGCAGGCAGUAAAGAAGCACAGAGCAGCGUGGAUGGAAACCCAAAUGAGCUGCUCGAUUCCAAAUGAGUUACACUGUGUCACAGACACGACUGAUGCAGAACAAGAUGACCUACCUUGUGAUGGAGAUGGGGGAAUAGCCCGUGAACACCAUGGCAAGUCAGACCAAUUGAAUGACUGCACUUACAUCCCUGAUGCUUUGAACUUACCCCUUUCUGAAGAUAACAGAAAUGCAUCAAAUUAUGAGAUUUAUGUACAACCUGAAGGUGUAUUUAACUAUGCUAAAGGAACCAUAGGAACAAGUGGAAUUUCAGCUGGAAUACCUGGAAGUGAACUGUCCUUUAAAAAGGACAGCUGGUGUGGUCAACCAGAUGGCAGAGACCCCCCGAGUCACUCCAGUAUGUCCCAUGUCCUUCUGCGCCAUUUCCCUACAGGAGAGUUAACGAGCAAAUGGCAGUUGAUUGAACAUGAGACUAUACCAGAAACAUCCCUGACUGAAAGCAUUGACGAAACCACAAACAAGCACACAGCUUGUGAAUGCGUCCAAGGCCCUUCAACAGGUGAACAACAGGCAACCAAGUUUGAAGAGCACCACUUAGAAAAGCUGAAAGCAGUGAGUACUGAAGGGAAAAUUCAGGAUUUGCUAAAUAAAAACACAUUUGUUUCAAAAACCUCUACUUCUACUCUUGCUAAGCAUGGGUGCAGACAAGAAGACUUUCUGUUGAUUAAUGAGUAUGAAGAUGCAUGUAUCUUUCAAAACACAGAGCAGACAUACGUGUUUAAGAAAUCAGUUCCAUCUCAUGAGCUCAUAGCAGGCCAAGGUGAAGCUCAGAAGUGUCAGGAAGACAGUAAUGAAGUCACUUCAGAAAUGAAAGUACCAAAAAUGAGUGAAAAUAAUAAAUCCAUUCCCACCAUUAAAAGAACAACAUCCUUCCCUACAUUGCUAAGUAAAUCAGUAACCAUUAACAGCAUUCUAGAAAAUCAGAAAUGUUUUGAUUCCAUUGAAGUCACAAAUCAGGAAGGAACAAGCAUUCCAGAAUCGUCCCAACAACAAAAGGUACCACCUCAGUCAGGUUUUCCAAAUGCAGGAUUUGCCAUUUACUCAGGAGACGUUGGAACAGCCCCUGAAGCCUCUACAGCAGACACUUCUGUCCUACAGCCUUCACAUGGUUUGUCUGAACCAAGAUUGCCAUGUGGGAAAACAGCAUCUGCAUUUCCAACAACUCACACAGUAGAACUGUGCAGUCUAAAUGCUUCUAAUUCACUGCCCAAAAUAACCCAAGGAGAGAUGAUGUCUCAAAUACUAAAGGAACAGACAGAUCAACUAAAAAUUAAAGUGGAAGACUUCUCUAAACACGUGACCAAGGAGACAUUCCUCUUACAAGAUGAUUAUCUGGCAUUAAAUCAACUGAAAAGAUACCUUGAAGCCUUGGAAAGGAAUUAUUUAACUGCUAGAGAGGAGCACCGUAACUUACAGCUGCAGUACUACAAGGACAAGUCUGUCAACAUUGGAGAAUUUGACCCCAAAAGAAAGGUAGAAGGAGAAAUAUUUAGACUUGGCACGAUGCUUGAAGACAUCAAAGAACUAGCAGAUGACAGCAGGCACAGAUGGGCUCCUUCACCCAGUUCCUGUGGAUCUGCCCAUUCAUCAUAUUCUCUUUGGGAGAGCUCAGUACUUUCAAGUAUUGCUGAUUCCCCUGAAGAAAAUACAUUUCUUAGCAAGAACAAUGAAGGAGAAAAUACAAGCCAGACAAGUUCCGUAACUCCACAGAGAAAUGCCCACUUCUCUUUGCAGUGUGACAGAUGCAAUCUUCGUAUUCACACGUUACAGAAGAGAGCCGAAUCAACUUAUGGGAAAGAAAUGGAUCCUCUGGGAAAAAGUUGUCUGCUAGCAAGCAAGUAUUCUUCAAAUGAAAUGAGAUUCUUUUCACCUGAAGGAAAAUAUGAGGCGGAAGGUCUUGGAUUCCAUACUCAGGGUACAUUCAGUCAGAAAGAUAGUGCCAGUGAAGAGAGUAUGAAAGGAAAUAACAUAAUGGAAAGGAAAACUGGAACACAUACAAUCUUCAUUCUAAGAAAACCGACCGAUUUAUCAGAUAAAAAUCUGAACAAUGAUUCAGAAGCCAUCUCAGCCUACCAUUCUUAUGGUUCACAAAGCGAUGAAUUUAUGAAAUGUCAAAGUCACCAAAUACUCCAUGCAAAGCUGCAUAGAGAGAGAAAAGGAUUUAAAUGCAGAUGCUCCAGAGAAAGCCAAAAUCCAUUUAAACUCAGGAACUACAAGGAAUCUGUUCAGUCUUGCACUCCACGUAGAAAUAAAAACUCUGGUUCAACUUCUUAUUCGCAGAAGAGAAUCCCCAGUCAAAAGGCUCAAACAAAUCAACAGCCACCUGAACCUGUCAGCAGGCUUUAUGAAAGGAAGAAGCCUGCCCGAAACACAUCCGCGAUCAUCAGAAACAGAACUGCCAAGGACUUCAACAUAAACAUUUUAAAUUCUACUCUGGAUCAUGCAAUACAGACAGCAAACAGUUUGAAGAAAGCUACAGAAAAAAUGGUGCAAGCAAUUUCUGAAGAUCUAGCUAAAGCUAGAAGAAAACAGCUUUAA